AUUUGCCCUACCUUCCAACUGACCUCCCCCCCCUCCCCCCGUGCACUGCACGACCUCCCACUGAGGGGGAAAGGAACCACAGAAGAAAUGCCUUUGUGGAGGCACGACUGAGAGGAGCUGAAGGAACCCAAAUGCCUUGUUGUAAAAUGAUUCCUUUCCCUCGCUCUCACUGAGGAAUUCACGUUCGGUCGGGCUGAUUUGCAAUCACUACCGAACCAGAGGUGAAAGGUUCAGGGAUGAGCCACUGUUAUCCAUGGCAAAUGAAUCAGAAAGUAGUGAAAGCCAGGCUGUCUGCAGCUGCUCUGUCCCCGAUUCUCAUACGACCUACAGCAACAGCAGCAGUAAUAUUGGGAACUACACAGAUGAGUCAUUCGAAUCUUGUUCAGAGGACAGUGAAGGCAGCCGCAGAUAUUGCGAUGAAUCAUUUGAAGCUCAUCAUUAUUCCGAGGAGGAAUUUGAGCCAGAAACUGAAUCGGAAACUUCUGCAACCAAAUCCCGAGAUGAUCAUCCCCGAUCAUCCUUGAAUGAUUACGAAGGUGAGGAAUUUGAAUCCUGUGACGACUCGGAAAACUUAGCGGCAGAAGAAAUAUUUGUAGAAAAGCGGCUUGGCAUUUUGCAGAGCCAAUUCUCAGACUGCGCCCGUUGCAAUGGAACUCAACAGCGCAGAGCACCUCGGAGAGAGACUUCGCAGCCUCCCCCGGCACAAUCAGCAGCUCUGGGAUCUUACUGCAGCGCGAAAAUCAAUCAGCUUCAGCGGCCAUCUAGAACGAAGCUAUCAGGGCCCACUAAACAGGCACAGCAGCAUCCAAGCUCACCACUGGCAAUAGCCUCGAGCCCGCAGCAAGUGUGCAUCGUACCCCGGCAGCUGGUGAACCGGGUUCAUCGAAAAUGCAUCUUAGACACAGUCAGACAGGCAAUGGAAACCGAUAUGCAUCAACCGUCCAAGUGUCCCGGGUGCCUUGCUAAGAAAGCUGAGCUGGCAGAAGUGAACUUCCUCCGAGUCAAAAAAUUGCAACUGGAGGGAGCUUUUCUACAAGAGAAAUUGGAGGAACACCUCUACUUCAGAGAUUCACUGACGUUAAUUGGAGAAAUACUCAAAGAUCUCCCGAAGCCUUCUGAUGACACUGAUGUGGUCUGGAAGAGAUUGAUUCAAAGGCGACAAAUAAGGUGAUGCUGUUAAUGGCAGCGCAUCUCGCGACAGAAUGCAACUUUGCACAGUGUUUUCCGAAAAACAGCAAUAAAAUUUCACUUCAAUGAAA